CCUUGCUAGCGGUGCUAGUGCCGGGCUUCGAACAGCCAUCGCGCGAGCCAAAACCUCCUUUGUUCGUCCCUACAGACCCACCACCUCACGCCUCCGCCGCACCGGCUGCGUGCUGCACCGCUUUCACCACCACGCCCCUUGGCUCUUCAUCGGCUUCCCUUUCGACUCUUGCGCUUCCGCCGUCGUUUGCUCGUGUAUCUCGGCGUCCGCCAUCCGGUCUUUCCUCGCCCUCCAACCGCCAGCGCCUUACUGCCCUGUCGGCGAAUGCAUGAUCCCUCCAGCUUCCUCCGCAUCCCUGUAGUCGACCUUCCACGGAUGCACCACAUGCCCAUGGUCUAGACUGCGACUUUUGCCUUCGUCGAACCUGCAACCACGUCGCAAGACGUCCGCCGAGAUGCCUUCCAGCGAGACGACAGCCGCGCUGGCUGCCAUCCUGUCGAACAUCGCCAAAUCACAUGAUCCGCGACAAUCAGCCUCAUUCAAGGCUCAGAUUGCUGUCAAUGGCAGCCCGCUACCGCAGCCUGUCCUCCCGGGCGAGCCGUCGCCCGAGAAGGAGACCCUCGAACGUGAAUUAGCGGCCCUGAUAGCCCGCGUCAGCUAUCUGGAGUCUCGCGCUGCUAAUUCGAGUGCGUUCCCAAUGACUCCCUCCGAGCCAGGCUUACCACCAGUAUACCCCACAGAUGCGCUGCACGACCCUCCCAGAACCACCUCGAUACCCUCGACGCGACGUGUGUCGGCCGCACGAGACUCAAGAACAAAAUGGAUGAACGAGUGGCUGGCCGAGGAGCCGACCGCGGGUGCUCCUCUGUCCCCACAGCUCACAGAGGAGCAGCUGAGCUACAUCAAGGAGCAUCUCAACAGGCAAUCGGACCAGUUGCGUACCCAACGCGAGCAGAUCGACGAUUUGAGCGCCCAGAUCUCGACUCAGAAGCAGGCGCACGACAACUCGUUCGCGCACAGCAUCGAGGACAUCGGCGCCCUGAAGCGAGAGUUGGUCAAGCAUCAACAGGCAAACCUAGCGUUCCAAAAGGCUCUACGGGAGAUUGGCACCAUCAUCACUGCCGUCGCCAACGGCGACCUAGGCAAGAAGGUUCUCAUCCACGCAAAGGAGCUUGAUCCGGAAAUCGCAACGUUCAAGAAGACCACCAAUCGCAUGAUCGAUCAGCUACAGGAGUUCGCUUCGCAGGUCACACGCUUGGCAAGGGAAGUUGGUACCGAAGGUCAACUCGGCGGUCAGGCGUAUGUGCCGGACGUGAAGGGCAUCUGGGCCGAACUUACCGACAACGUGAACUUGAUGGCUGAAAAUCUCACGAACCAAGUCCGAGAAAUCGCUCAAGUGACUACAGCCGUCGCGCACGGAGACCUGAGCAAAAAGAUCGAACGUCCCGCCAAAGGCGAAAUCUUAGAGCUCCAGCAAACGAUCAACACCAUGGUUGAGCAGCUUCGGUCGUUUGCCACAGAGGUCACUCGAGUGGCUCGCGACGUCGGCACGGAAGGUGUGCUCGGAGGGCAGGCUCAAGUUGCCGGGGUGCAAGGCAUGUGGGAAGAUUUGACCAUCAGUGUGAACGCCAUGGCAAUGAAUCUUACCACGCAAGUCCGCGACAUAGCUGAGGUCACGACGGCCGUUGCAAGAGGAGACCUUCAGCACAAGGUGCAGGCGGACUGCAAAGGCGAGAUUCUGGAGCUGAAGACGACGAUCAAUUCUAUGGUUGAUCGACUCCAACAGUUCGCGCAAGAAGUCACAAAGAUUGCUCGCGAGGUCGGCACCGAGGGCAAGCUGGGCGGGCAAGCUACGGUCCAUGGCGUGGAGGGCACCUGGGCAGAUCUGACAGACUCUGUCAAUCGCUUGUCCAUGAACCUGACCACGCAGGUGCGGGAGAUUGCUAUGGUCACCACGGCCGUGGCCAACGGUGAUCUUACAAAGAAGGUGCAAGCGGACGUCCAGGGCGAGAUUUUGACGCUAAAGAACACUAUCAAUACCAUGGUGGACCGACUGAAUGCUUUCGCCUUCGAAGUGAGCAAGGUCGCAAGAGAGGUCGGCACCGAGGGUAUACUUGGCGGGCAAGCAGAAGUGGAACAGGUCUCCGGAAAGUGGAAAGACCUCACAGACAACGUCAACACCAUGGCACAAAAUCUCACGACGCAGGUGCGAAGUAUAUCGGACGUCACACAAGCCAUUGCAAGAGGAGAUAUGUCAAGACGAGUCGAAGUGCAUGCGCGUGGCGAGAUCGCUUUGCUGAAAGACACCAUUAAUGACAUGGUUGCCAGGUUAGACGACUGGUCAUUGUCUGUAAAACGUGUGGCAAGGGAAGUCGGCGUAGAAGGCAAGAUGGGCGGGCAAGCAGACGUCGACGGCAUCGCAGGACGUUGGCGCGAGAUCACCGUGUCCGUCAACACCAUGGCCCAGAACCUGACCGCGCAAGUGCGAGCCUUCGGCGAGAUCACGACGAUGGCCAUGGAGGGCAAGUUCACGUCGAUUCAGGUAGAGGCAUCAGGUGAAAUGGGCGAGUUGAAGGGAAAGAUCAAUAGCAUGAUAUCCAAUCUGCGAGACAGUAUAGAGAAGAACACCCAAGCAAGAGAAGCGGCCGAAUUGGCGAACAAGACGAAAUCAGAGUUCCUCGCGAACAUGAGCCACGAAAUCCGAACACCUAUGAACGGAAUCAUCGGUAUGAGCCAGCUCGCACUAGACACGGAGCUUUCGAGCUAUCAGCGAGAGAUGGUCACCAUUGUUCACAACUUGUCCAACCAGCUGCUGACGAUCAUCGACGACAUUCUUGACAUCUCAAAGAUCGAAGCGAAUCGCAUGGUCAUGGAGGAGAUACCAUUUUCACUUAGAGGCACUGUUUUCAACGCGUUGAAGUCUUUGACCACAAGGGCGAACGAUAGAAAUCUGGAUCUUGCCUACGCUGUCGAACAACACGUCCCGGACUUUGUUGUCGGUGAUUCAUUCCGACUACGCCAAAUCAUCCUCAACCUGGUUGGAAACGCUAUAAAGUUCACAGAGCACGGUGUCGUGCAGGUCCGAAUCAAGUCGGAGCAGACUGAGUCUUGCAGGCCAGAUGAGUACAUGAUCCAAUUCGCCGUCAUGGACACGGGCAUCGGCAUCAAGGCCGAUAAGCUCAGCCUGAUCUUUGAUACGUUCCAGCAAGCCGACGGGUCCACAACACGACGGUUUGGCGGUACCGGUCUCGGUUUGUCAAUCUCACGACGCCUCGUGAAUCUUAUGAACGGCGAGAUGUGGGUUGAAUCUGAGUAUGGUGUAGGCAGCACGUUCAACUUUACAUGCAAAGUCCGUUUGGCAGAUCCAGACUUGUCCAUAAUUGCGCCACAGCUAGCAGCAUACAGGAAACGACCCGUUCUAUUCGUCGAUCGCAACAAAACAGGCUUCAGCCGAGAGGUCAUGGAGGGUCUACAGGCGCUGCAGCUCCUUCCCGACAGAAUUGCACCGGAUGAAGAACUUCCCGGUGCCGACGCGCCCUCGCGACAGGUCUAUGACUGCAUCAUUAUCGACUGCAAUGAUACCGCCCAGCAACUACGCGAGUCGGAGCGAUACAAAUACACACCACUCGUCAUGCUCACACCCAACAUUUCCGUGAGCUUCAAGAAUGCUCUUGAGGAUGGAAUAUCAAGCUACAUGAGCACUCCCUGCUUGCCUAUUGAUCUUGGGAACGCCCUCAUUCCGGCUUUGGAAGGACGUGCUGCACCACCCGUUUCGAAGAAUUCGAAGUCGCUCAAGAUCUUGCUUGCCGAGGACAACGCUGUGAACCAAAGAUUGGCCGUCAAGAUUUUGGAGAAGUACAAUCAUAAGGUCACAGUGGCCAACAACGGUCUUGAAGCGUUUGAGAAGGUCAAGUUGGAUCGAUACGACGUCAUUCUUAUGGACGUCCAAAUGCCGAUCAUGGGCGGCUUUGAAGCAACGGCAAAUAUCCGUGAAUGGGAACAGGAGAAUGGUGUUCCACGCACGCCCAUCAUUGCAUUGACGGCACAUGCCAUGGUCGGUGAUAGGGAGAAAUGUAUACAAGCUCAGAUGGACGAGUACCUCUCUAAGCCGCUGAAGCAGAACCAGUUGAUUCAAACCAUCCUCAAAUGCUCAACACUCGGGGGGGCUUUGCUUGAGCAGAGUAACAUUAGCACUACCGAAUCCGAAGACAGCAACGCUCUCAGCCUUUCUGGCUCACAACAAGCUCCCAAACGACCCGGACUUGACGUAAGGUCAACGACGGAGUUCGGCCCAGCGAGUCCCAGCAUUGUGACCGUUGAUCAAGCUGAUCCAUUCAACGCUCAGCUUUUGAUGAGAUCACAUAGCGGCUAGCCCAGAUAGAUGCAGACACGUGACGGAGCCAUCUAACACGUGAUCUACAAAACGUACGAGCAAGAGGUCUUCUCCCUCUUCUCUCGCUAGAUGCAAUUACGAAUGGCGGCACGUUGUAUACCCUUCUGAAUGGCCGCCAACGGCGCAAUCGGGGGAACAUGUGGCGAUGGCACGAUUCUGUUUUGAACUCACUCAUGGAGCGGCAUGGUCGCAGGGACCACGCCCCUUCCUAUUCUUCUCGACUGCCAUAUUAGGUCCAGAAACGUUCUCGAGCGUGGUGAACGGGCGUUGAUUUCCCUGAUUUCCUUAUGAGCGACAUGCUUCACACUUUCAGGUGGUAUUUGGUCAUGACUGCAAGGUUUUCUCUGUACGGCACAGCGAGUGCCUUCUAGGCUUUCAUGUAUACUCUUUGUAGCCAGUUUUGUCAACAUCAUGAAUACAUGUAGACUCAGGCCGCGGCACUGAGAUCACGAGACCAAAAAAAAAAACUCUCGGAUUCUUCUUAUUAUUAAGUUCUGCUUUACAAUAUCAGGGCAAGAUCAUCAUCCGUCCUCCAAAUUCACCUACCA